AUGUUGGGUAUGAGCUUGCUGGAUUUUGCUUUUCAGCGAGAUACCACAUGUGCCCGUCUCCUCUUCUACACGUUCACUGCGCCGGGUGUUGAUUCUCUUCAUCUUCACAGCGGCUGUCGGGCUCUUCCAAGCGAGGACAGGUUCACAGUCGUCGAGCUCAAGCAGUGGCUGGCACGGAAACGGAUGGAGCAGGAGACGGAUACAUCCACGGAGCAGGGCAGCGACGCGGACAGUGAUGCGGAGGACCCUGUGAAGCAGGUGGAUGACGGGUGGCAGAAGGUUUCUCAGGAUGGUGAUCAGCACAAGAAGGCAUGCACAGAGCAGGGCGGCAACGUGGACAAUGGUGCCGAGUGCUCCACGAAGCAGGAUUUGGGUCAAGACAAGGAAUCAUCCACAGAGCUGUUCUCUACGACGCAGGAUGGUGGUGUGGGCAAUGAUUCGGAGCUCUCCACAAUGCAGGCCGCAGCGGUUUUUUCUGGAAGCCGGUUGCAAUGCGCAGCCGCAGGCUUGGACUUGUCCUGA